AAAAUGUAAAACAUAUGUUGAAGUGGGUCACUCUCCAUGUGACUGAGUGGGUUGACAGCACUGCCUCCCUCGGAUCAUCUUGCACAUGCGCAUUGAUGCCCGCUCUUCGUCAUGGCUGACAGGGACUGGCCGGGCUGUGCGAGGGCUCUGAAAGCUGUGGUGCUGGACUUGUGCGGGGUCCUGUACGAAAGCGGGGAGGGGGACACCGUCGCCAUCCCGGGCUCCGUUGAAGCUGUGAACAGGCUCAAGUCUUCAGACCUGCAGCUGCGCUUCUGCACCAAUGAGACUCAGGCCUGCAGAGACAAGUUUGUGGCCAAGCUGCAGGUCGCGGGCUUUGACAUCUCCGUGUCCGAGGUCUUCUCUCCCGCCCCUGCAGCUGUAUCUGUCCUCAAAGAGAGAGGGCUCCGGCCUCACCUGCUGGUGCAUGAUGGACUUCUCCCUGAGUUUGACAGUCUUGACAAGACCGACCCAAACUGUGUGGUCAUCGGAGAUGCAGCCGAGAAAUUCUCCUACCAAAACCUGAAUGAUGCAUUCAGGGUCCUCAUAGGCCUGGAGAAGCCAGUGCUGUUCUCUCUGGGCCAAGGGAGGUACUACAAGGAGACUAAUGGUUUGACAUUAGAUGUCGGGGUUUACAUGAAGGCUUUGGAGUACGCCUGUGAUCUAGAGGCUGAAGUCAUCGGGAAGCCAUCCCCAAUGUUCUUCCAGAGUGUUCUCAAUGACAUGGGGCUACAACCACACGAGGUGCUGAUGAUCGGGGACGAUCUGGUGAAUGACGUAGGUGGGGCGCAGCACUGUGGAAUGAAAGGCGUACAAGUCAGGACUGGAAAGUACAGGCCAAGCGAUGAGAAGCACCCGACUGUGAUGGCCGACGGCACCGUUGACGACCUGGCCCAGGCUGUGGACAUGAUCCUCAGUCAGAGGGGGUGCUGAGUACAAGGCAACUGGGGGUUUUGCACUUACUGUGAGGCCUGUGUGACGCAGGCUCGUGCAAUAUAGCAUCUUCAUGUAGCUGUAACUUUUAAAUCUAAACUACCGUCCAUACACUGUAACCAACAAACUCCUCGUACUGUGAAGCAUGGAAAACAUACUGCUGCUACACAUCUUGUUUCUAGAAUAAAGUUUGCAGAAGUGUAA